AACACAACAAUGACAGGUGUCCUAAGAAACUCUUUGUUGAAAUGGGAUCGUCUCAGAGCGUGGAAAUACCAGGAGGUGGCACAGAAGGUUAUCACGUAUUAGGGGUUCAGGAAGGCUCUCCUGGGCAACAAGCAGGAUUAGAAGCAUUUUUUGAUUUUAUUGUAGCAAUUGGAAAUACACGUCUGGACCAAGAUAAUGAUACCCUGAAGGAAUUAUUAAAGGCUAGUGUAAAUCAAAAAUUAAUAAUUACAGUAUAUAGUAGUAAAACAAAAUCUGUAAGACGAACUCAUAUCACACCAAGCAUGACAUGGGGUGGGCAAGGAUUACUAGGUGUUAGUAUACGUUUCUGUUCAUUUGAAGGUGCCAAUGAAAAUGUCUGGCAUGUACUUGAAGUACAUCCAUCCUCCCCUGCAGAGCUAGCUGGUUUACGACCAUUUACUGAUUAUAUCAUUGGCGCAGAUUCUAUCUUACACGAAAGUGAGAAUCUAUUUACCUUGAUAGAAGCUCACGAGUCACGACCUUUAAAAUUAUACGUAUAUAACACAAAAGAUGAUUUCUGCAGAGAAGUGACUAUUACUCCUAAUAAUACCUGGGGUGGAGAAGGAAGCUUAGGAUGUGGAAUAGGAUAUGGAUAUUUGCAUAGAAUACCUGUCAGAAGUGUACUGGAGCACAAGCCUGCUAAUUCAUACACGAAUACUACCAAGAAUGUUAUGCAAGAUCAGCCAGCAACGACUGUUGGCAUCAUCAUGCCAGGAAAUAAUCCAGUUGUCUAUAUGCCAUCUGGAUUACCUAUUCCGCCAAGUUAUACCUCGCUAACAGAUAACUCUGUGAAAAAUCUGAAAGCUGAACAGGAAACUCUAGCAUCUCAAAACAUAGGAACUAGCUCACAAGUACAGCCUACGAGCCAAAUUAAUUUCACCGACGUCGUUACAACCAAUACGAAUGCCGGUGUCGGCAUUAGCACUGGUGCAGGUAUCAAUGUCAGUGUCGGUACCAGUGCUGGUACUGGUAUCGGUAGUCACACACCGAUCAGCUCAGCAGCUCAUAUGUUUUCAAAUCAGCCUACAGUUAGUUUUACACCUGGUACUUAUCAAGCGACUCCGAACAUUCCUGGUAUGCCGGCUAGUCCAAUUUUACCAACGAGCUCUUACGAAGUUACAACAAUUUCGAGUGCAGCAGUUAAUCUCCCAGAACUGCAAAAAGAUCAGAAUUCUGCUUACAGUAUGACUGUUGCUACUGCUGGAUUUAAUGUGCCUCAACCUCAUGUUGUGACGACGCCGAUUUCACUGCCUGGAAUGCCACCCAUCACAGUCAGCGCCUCUCUCCCGCAAAAUACUUCCUUCUAUCCAUCUGUUCUUCAACAAAAUCAAUUGCCUAGUACCACUGCUACGACUGCAACUACUACCGCACCUCCGACGUUAAUGACGCCGACAUUGACACAAUAACAGGCGCGCGUUCUUAAAUUAAAUGAAAAAGAAACGUGACUUUAAGCAUAAUUUUCACACUAAUAAAAUAACAUACACCGAUAAAAAGAAGACGAUCGGUAUACCUCGCCUGUUCUAAUCUAGCAUACGAUGUGACCAUUCAACAGUUAUUUUUUGUUUCUUAAUGAGUAUCAAGAAUGUGAUACAUAUAGUAAAUUUUUUAAUGUAUACUAAAGAAAUAGUAUAAUAUUGUACAUAAAUAAAGUAUAUAUAAUCACAGGA